AUGUUCCAUACAAAGAGGUUUUCAUUUGCACCUCCAAAAGGAUUAGCAGUCGCAGAAAAAGAUUCAAGCAGGUCACUUCUUACCACACUAGAGGGGAGCAGACCAAGAUCUCUUUGUCAACAUCUUGCAUGUCUUGACUUAUGCGUGGUAAGUGAGAGUAAUGUUGAUACAUGGCGACGAGCUGCAUUAUUGGAAUUGACUGGCAGGACUUAUAGAAAAGUAAUAGCCGUAUGCUUGAGGCUAUUGGAACAAUUCACCAUAAAUUUGUCUAGAGGUCUACAAAACACUUCAAUGGAUAAUAACCCGUCGCAGUUGUCUGAUCCAUUGUGCUCACUAGCCAAACAGUUUGAAGAAUUGGAAAUCUAUGAAUCAUUUUAUGAUUCCCAGGUACGAGUCAAUAAUUCAAUGAUCCAGUCAACUAGUUUCGGAAAUGAUAAACUAUGCAUAUGA